GGGGUCCCUUUUGGCCCCGGGAUGGAAUCUCUGAAUAUCUGGCUCUCCAUCCCCUUCUGCUCCAUGUACGUGGUGGCUCUACUGGGGAAUGGUUUCCUGCUCUUCAUUGUCAUCAAAGACCCCAGCCUGCACGAGCCCAUGUACGUCUUCCUGGCCAUGCUGGCGGUCAUAGACAUUAUGCUGUCCUCCACCACCAUACCCCAAACGCUCAGCAUAUUCUGGUUCGGAGCCAGGGAAAUCGCCUUCGGUUCCUGCUUCACCCAGAUGUUCUGUAUCCAUUUUGUUUUUGCCACCGAGUCGGCCAUCUUGCUGGCCAUGGCAUACGACCGGUACGUUGCCAUCUGCAACCCCCUGAGAUACACCGCCAUACUAACCCGUGGGAAGGUAGGGAAAAUCAUGGCAGCCGCUGUCAUCAGAGGGCUAUGCCUGGUGGCCUCCUUGACCUACCUCCUGAAACAGUUGCCGUACUGCGGACCCAAUGUCAUUCACAACACAUACUGUAAUCACAUGGGCAUAGCCCGUCUGGCCUGUGCUGACAUAACCCUCCAUGUCUGGUAUGGUUUAACGGUGGCCUUUGUAACCAAGGGACUAGACGCUGUGUUUAUUGUUGUGUCGUAUCUUCUGAUCCUUCAGGCCGUCUUCCGGCUCCCAUCCAAGGACGCCCGGCUCAAGGCCUUAAGCACCUGCAGCUUCCACGUCAGCGUCAUGCUGAUGUUUUACAUCCCUGCCUUUUUCUCCAUCUUCGCCUACCGCUUUCUUGGGGCUCACCUCCCUCCUUAUUUUCAGAGCCUCCAGUCCAACCUCUUUCACGUUGUUCCUCCCAUGCUAAAUCCCCUCGUCUAUGGAGUGAGAAUGAAACAGAUUCAGGAGCGAGUGCUUCCCGAGCUCUGCAAGAAGGGCAAAGGGUCCCGAGGCUGCAGCCAGCCCAAAUAG